AUGGCGCCACCGGCUGGUUUUGAUUAUUCCAAGUGGGAUAAGCUCGAGUUGAGCGACGACGAAGACUUACACCCGGGCGCGCAAUUUAUCGAAGCGAACACUCUUCGAAGAAUCAAGAGAGAAAGUCAACAGAAUAAAGCGUCUGAUAUUGACGCGAAAAUCGAAGAAUACGAGAAAUCUAUCAAAGAAACGAAGAAGAGGAUUAAAACACUGGAGAUUGACAUCGUCGAAGAUAGAUUCGCGGGCGACGAGGACGCGUUGAAAAGCGUGAGAGACGAAUUGGAAAGUCUGGAAACGACGCUUCGAGAAACCCAGGAAAAGCUUGAAGCUGAAAAGAAGAAACGAACGUUUAGCGCAGAAGAAUUGUGUAAAGUCACUACUUCAAAAACACUCGUCGGCAAGGAUUGCAUGCCAACGGAAGUUUCGGAAAAUGUUCAGGCGCAGAAAAUGACGUACGAGGCGUAUUGCGAAAAAUACGAGAAAGAGCUGGAUACGCUCGCGGAAGGCGGAGACAUAGAGACGAAAAGUCAAAAUAAGAAUCCAUAUGCCCGCAUGGAGGCGUAUCUCUCGAAACAUACGUACUUGGUGUGCGAACACGCGCUCGGAUAUCUCUUGCUCAAAGCUCUGUAUGAAGAAAUGGACGGCGUUGUUGGUCGAGACAAGGUACUUAGUACGGCCAAAGCCGGUUUCGCGCUGAAAUCUAUUUCCGAUUUUGCGACGGCGAAUAAAAGAACUAUGUUGGACCAAUACAAACCGUUUUUCGUGCGUUUACUGGAAAACGACGAAAAAGUUCUGCACGAAUACGAGCUCGCCGAGAUGGAUUACGUCGAAAAGCUCAUCGAACGCGCGGAAAAGAAAAAAAUGGAAGAAGAAGCAGAAGCGAAAAAAGUGGAAGGGACCACCCAAACAGGAGUAGAAGAAAUAGAAAAUCCGCCGUUAGGACCAGGAGGCCUCAAUCCGAUUGAAGUUUUCGAGAGCUUGCCGGAAGAAAUGCAAACAGCUUUUGAGUCCGGUGACGUUGAAGCGCUUCGUGAAUACGUCAACGGCCUUUCUAUGAAGGAUGCUAAGUUUUACAUGCGAAGAAUGGUUGACAGUGGUUUGUGGGUUCCUCAAGAAGGCGAACAUCCAGGGACCGCGUUGGUUGACUCGGGUGAUGAUGAAGAAGAAAAAGAAAAAGUCAGAGACGAUGAUGAUGAAACGAAAGCAACCUAG